CGCGUUUUUGACUCCAGCCAGGCUCCAGUAGUAGGCUACGUACGUACGUAGUACGUAAUACUGCAUAAUCAGAAAAUGACAGGCCAAUGAAGACGAACGCUGCGGUGUGAGAACGAUUUGUAAGUAUAGAAUGUCGAGGUUCUUAGGGCCUAGUUUACUGGCUUGGAUCAUGGCAUAUGAAUGAAGGAGACUUUGCACACAGUGAAUUAUUUCUGAAAAUCUAGAUAGCAAGCGAGGGAUAAACAUUAAAUAGCGAAUUAUAUCAAAGUCAGAAAAAUGCCCAUACAACGGCGAACGAUUCUGAAAUCUACUGACAGAAAGGGGAUCCAUCUACAACUUCAAAGUGCAACGCCACAGCCCUCUUUUUGGAAGAGACCCCCAGGUUACCUGCUUGUUACAGCUAUUGGGGUGUGUGGUGUAGUGGGCUGGCUGUACUUCAACUUUGACAGUGAAAUAACAGAGACACUUGUGCGGCAAGAUGAGGUGGUCCAGCAGCCAAAGAUAUUCACGGUUCAGUGCUCUGAGGAUUAUGACAAUUACAAACGGUACCCAGGCUGCACCCCUCAGACCUGUGGACGAGCUGUAACCGACGGUGUAGUUACACACGAGGAGGCAUUAGUGCUGCAGAGAUUGGCAGAGAGGGGGCUGUCACUAGCGGGCUCUGAUGGAGGUGCCUCUAUCCUGGACCUGCAUUCUGGGGCUCUGUCAAUGGGGAAACAGUUUGUGAAUAUCUACAGGUAUUUUGGGGAACAGAUCAAAGAUGUAUUUUCUGAGGACGACUUUCAGCUCUACCGGGCUGUGCGUGCGAGGAUUCAGGGGGUGAUAGCAGAGACAUUUGGACUGGAUCCAUCCCGCAUGUACCUUACCAAGCCCACGUUCUUCUCCCGCAUCAACGGCAGCGUGGCCAAGACUACUCACGAUGAAUACUGGCAUCCACACAUAGACAAGGUGACGUAUGGCUCUUUUGACUACACAUCGUUGUUGUACCUGUCUGACUACGGCAGAGACUUUGGUGGGGGACGCUUUGUCUUCAUGGAUGCAGAUGGAAAUCGGACUGUGGAACCACGUGCAGGUCGAGUGUCUUUCUUCUCGUCUGGAUCAGAGAACCUCCACCGUGUUGAAAAAGUUGGAUGGGGCACACGCUUUGCCAUCACUGUUUCCUUUACGUGUGACCAAGCCCAUGCCAUCGCCGACCCGUCCCUGCCAUAGGUGUGCUAUUGGGCGGACUGUCCCCUGCUGGCCGGGAGGACUCCUGGAACACAGGCACAGAGAACGGGGUGGGACACCCGUUAAUGCUGUGGCUAUCAUGCUGACAUCAUCUCGGUUUUCAGUUCAAAAGAAGUGGUCUUUUGAUGAUUCUAUUCAGAUUUUAUUUUUAUUUUCAUGAUCGUUCCCUUUGCUUUUCAAACCAAGGCUUGCCUCAUUUGUGAAUGUGUUGAAACACGGUGAGAUGGGUUUACUUUAUAUUUUAGAGGGAUUUUAUGUCUUGAUGCACUAUGGCCCUACGCCAAUUGUUUUGCUUCUUGUCAUCACAUUUUGAGGCUCACAAGUUCACUAUGAAUGGAAAUGUAUGCAGAAUACAGAUUAUUUCAAAGACAGCCUGUGUGUGUGUGUGUGUGUGUGUGUGUGUGUGUGUGUGUAUGUGUAUGUAUGUAUGUGUGUGUGCACGUGACAGUGUGUGUGUGUGUGUGUGCGUGCGUGCGUGCGUGCGUGCGCGUGUGUAUGUAUAUGUAUGUGCGUGUGUGUGCGCGUGUGUGUGCACGUGACAGUGUGCGCGCACGUAUUUGCAUGCAUGCAGCCUGCUUGAGCACUAAUAGGGUUGAUGUCAAGUCUAAAAAGUGGACUAGUGUGCACUUUAAUGGAUGAUCCUGACUUGAGGAACGUCUGAGAUGGGCACAUCCUCACUUGAGAUGCGCAGUUGCUUAACUCUAAAAUAGAUGGUCAAUACUGAUUUGCACUCAAUGUAAUUCCGUUAGUUUGUCUCUACCUACGCCCACAAAUGACAAUAUGAAUUUGCAGAGACUUCCCAUUCCAUCCCCUUUUCCUUUAUAAAAUCCCAUUAUUCUGUGCUGUGAGGCAUGGACUUGAAUUAUAAACUAGUGGGCAACAUAUAAAAUGGUUAUAUUUCCAUAUCUCAGUUGCCAAAGUCCCCAAAUGAAAAUGUGCCUUGUACUGUAUGAAACAACCAAACCAGACACACACUUGUAUACAUUUCAUGUAUGCCUUCUGAGCCUUGUUCUUAGGCUAUGGGGACAUAACUAAAAUAAGCAGUGUUUGCAGGGAAUAGAAGAAAUAGCCCAACCAGCCAAAUCAGGCUUUUUUACUUUUCAUGCAAAUCCCAUGGUCUGUGUGAUGAUUAUAUUGAUUUUGAGUAAUUCAGAUGAACAAUACUUAUAUUGUAUUACAUGAGACAAAAUUGAAUGACCUGCCAGUAGUCACCAAGAAGUCCAAAUUGUUGUUGUGUUUGUUAAUCAAGCAAAUGAAAUGUAAACAUUUUGAUAACUUUGAGUCUCUGUUUUUAUGUUCAGAAAUCAUAUUAAAAAAGCUUCAUAUUUUAACAGCAUGCACAAAAGAUGUAAAUUUAAAAGAUGUUGACAGAAUUAAGAAAAAAAAGCAUGCUCAAUGAAUGUUUUUUCUUUUUUUCACCAUUCUCUUCAAACUCGUGCGUGAAAAUCCCAGGAGAUCAGCAGUUUCUGAGAUGCUCAAAUCACCCUGUCUGGCACCAACUAUCAUUCCACUGUCAAAGUCACUUGGAUCACAUUUCUUUCCCAUUCUGACAUUUGGUCUGACAAAGAGCUGGGCCUCUUGACCACGUCUUUAUGUUUGUAUGCAUUUAGUUGCUUCCACAUGAUUAGAUGAUCAAAUAUGUGCAUUAACGUGCUGGUGUACAGGUCUACCUAAUAAAGUGGUCACUGACUGUAUAUUGGUAAAAUAAUGUAGCGAUGGGCCUGGCUAACAUUAAGGUUACCUUAAACGUGUCUUACCAUUGUGAACAUGCAUGCCAUCUUCUUUUGUUCGACCCAUGAAAAGGAAUGAAAUUGAGAUAAUUAAGCUAA